AUGCCACAAACCCCGAAGGGGGGUCACGGCGGCGCCGUGCCACAGCGGCCGCCGUCGCCCCCCAAACCCAGCCCAGCCCUAACCCAACUCAGCCCGGCCCGGCCCACUCCCUUUUUAAAGACCCAAACCCUAGCUGCCUCACACCCACCUCCCGCCUCUCUCUCCCACGCCUCUCUCCUUUCCUUCCCAAACUCCUCACCACCACCACCACUUCCACCACCCUCAGCCACCACAGCCCAGCCCACACCCACCAUCACCACCGCCACUCUCCGCCACACGCCCACAGCCGCAGCUGCCGCCGCAGCUCCGUCCAACACCGCCACCCACACUCACCUCCGCCACCACUCUCCCUUCGCCUCCAACCACCACCAACCUCCCUCCCCGUCGCCCUGCACAGCAGCAGCAGCCCGGCAGCCCACCUCCUGCCGCUGCCCCGCCACCACCUUCAGUAGACCACGGCCGUUGCCGUGCUCCACUGCCGCCGCCGUCUUCACGGCCGCCGCCGUCUCCACAGCAGCCCAGAGUCUGCACGGCCGUCGCGGUCACCACAGCUGCCUCCGUCCGCCUCCUCCCAUGGAUAAUCUCACCACCUACAAGCGCCGCCGCCACCUCAUAGUCGACGAGGACGAGGAUCAGGCCCCACCUAGCCCUCCGACCUCUUCUAGCCGCCCGCCGGCCUCUUCUAUCCGCCCUCUCCCGCCCCCCCUCGCCACCGAAGGAUAUCCGGCAUGUCUAUAA